AUGUCGUCAGAGCUCCAGAAAGGUUCUUUUCUUGGUAACAACAGGACCUCAACUAGCUCAUUUUCCAUAGAAAGCAUCCUCGGACUAGAUAAGAAGGGGGACUUCACUUCAACUACCACCAGUAGGCAUUACAGGCCUUGGAUGGAAGAAUCUUCAGCAGGUGAAAUUGAUACACCUUUCUGGAGCCUCCCUAUCUUCACUUGUGAAAUACCUCUUCAGGUUCAUACAGUGCGACAUACACUAGAAAAGGAAACUGAUGGGCAAUAUGAAAAGUGCUGUACAGCAAAUGAACGCCUGACGUAUAAAAGAGAAAUGAGCUGGUAUAGAGGAAGGAGACCCAGAACAGCAUUUACUAGAAGCCAGAUUGAGAUUUUGGAGAAUGUGUUUAGAGUCAACUCAUACCCUGGUAUUGAUGUGAGAGAAGAACUUGCCAACAAGUUGUCUUUAGAUGAAGAUAGAAUCCAGAUCUGGUUUCAGAAUCGCCGAGCCAAAAUGAAGAGAUGCCAUCGGGAGUCUCAGUUCCUGAUCGUGAAAGAAUCCUUAACACCAAAAAUCCAGGAAUAAGGACAUCUCUACUUCAUGUUAUUGCAAAAUAGUGACAAGAAU